CCAUGGGCAUCGCAAAAAUAUGGUUGCAGGAAGGGAGAGAGUGAUGAAGGAAUGCAGAGAGAUGAGGAAAAGAGAAAGGAUUUGGUCGUCAGCAUGAUGUCGGAUUUGCAUCCAACAGCGAAUAGUGAGACGGCGAAUCGUCCAGUAAUAAGCGGUUUAUCGCCGAAAGAAGGUGUUCCAGGAACACAAAUAAAGAUUCGCGGUGAAAAUCUUGGGAAAAGUCAGUCAGAUUUAUUAGCAUUGUCGAUUUGCGGUACCGACUGUCUUUUAUCAGCCAAAUGGAAAUCGUCAUCUUUAAUUAUUGCUAGAGUUGGCCAAGCUAAAAGAGGAGUUGGCGAAGUAGUGUUAGUGACAAAAUCAAUGGGUAGAAGUAUAUCUACUGUGACAUUUCGUGUUUUUUUAGUGCAGAUCGGUCCUCUUGAAGACAGUGCUGUUUGGGUUGACGAAUCUCGCUCAGUACCUGGUCGUGAAGCUGUUCGCAAUAAUAUUUCAGAAGCUGUAGAAACCUUGGAUGCGCUUGGACUUAAAAUUGAUUCGCAGAAAAAAAUGGAUCAAAACGAGUUGAUGCAUAUGUUUCCGGAUAACUCAGGUAAUCGGCGUAUGGAAAAUUUUAAUCCAAUGUGGUAUCUGUUGGAAAAUGAUCGUGAAGCCAGUUUGGUUGAUUUGCGUAACGGUCUAUCGAACUUAGAGUGCAAGAUUUCUGAAGGCAGCCAAGGUAAUGUCGAUAUACAUCGUGCAAAUCUUUAUUCAUUAAUAAAUUGCGUCGAUGCUUUGGCUGCUUUCCAUGAUUGUUUACAAAUUGAAAGGAAUACUCGAUCUUGGCCGCUUACAAAAAAUAUUCGUGAAAAGCUGGAAGAAUGUCAAAUAACUGCAGAUGCCCUUUUUCAUGAAGUUUUAAGUCGUAAGGACCGUGCGGAUGCUACCCGAAAUGCUUUAUCAGUUUUAUUGCGUUUUCGUUUUAUCUUUUUCUUAUCAAGUGCAAUUGAUCAAAAUCUUGCAAAGGGUGAAUAUUCCUCAAUUCUGAAUGAUUAUACUAGGGCUAAACACAGAAUGAUGCAAGAACUUGAUAAUAAAAUGGAAAUAUUUAAAAAAAAUAUGAAACAACAACUGAUUGAUAUACCAACAUCUUUUGAAGAUCAAAGCAAAUUGAUAAAAUAUCUAAAGGUUCUAGAACCUGAUUCAGAUCCAGCUUGGGAUUGUAUAACGGCUUAUCACUGUUGGUUAGAAGAUCUCCUAUGGCAAGUUCAGUUCAAGCAUCAUGAUAUCGUAAUGAAUGGGCAUAUUUAUGGGCGUCAAGAUUUCAUACAGGAAAUAGUGAAUUUGAUCACAGAUAAGCUACAGAUAUUCUGGAAAUUGUCACAAGUAUAUUCUUCUUCAGCAACAGUGGCUAACUUUUUCGAUCGCCAGGCUGAUAUAAAUCAAAUGCUUAUUAAUACCAUAAAUGUAUCUUCGUGGCUUAUGCUCAACGCAUUGGUACCUACAUCAUUACCUAUAGCAGUAAAAAGUCAAUAUAAAGAACAAUUCGUCGAAUGGCCAUCAAUUGCGCCAUCAGUAUUGACUAAUCAACUUUUCAAUUCGCUAAAAAUUUUGAGGCACUGUAUAAAUACAAUGUUGGAUCAUAGUUUUACAAAUGAUCAUUUACAGCCUUUGAUUGAAUUAUGCGUCACUGUUCGAUUAAAAUGUUUAUCGAAAAUCGUUGAAAAAUAUAGUCAAGGAGUUAUCGCAUUAGAAAGUAAAGAAAAUUGGAAAAUUGACUACAACCAAAAUGAACAUAGAAAAACUGUGUUGCCUAUUCUUUACGAAAAUGAGAUCAACGAUUCAUUGCCAUCUAUCAAUCAGAUUUUAUCUUCAUCAAAUUUUCCUGGUGAAUUGGAUCUUUUUUCUCGCGACUGCUUCCGUACUGUCCUUACUGAUUUGUUCACUAUGGUGAUCACUUCAUUUCGCGAUUGUAUUGAAAAUCUGCUUCAGCUAAGAAGUGAUUCGCGACGACCGUCCUCUCUCUUUGGUGACAGUAACUUAAAUAGCAAGAAAUUGCUUAUUUCAGUUUGUAAUGUUGAAUAUGUUGUCAACAAUUCUGUUCCAUCAUUAUGCAGACGGUUUACAAAUAAUGGAGUCAAAUAUGGUGAUGUUAUACUCGAACAAAGCAAAUCACGAUUACUCGCUUUCCGUCAGAACCUGAUCAAUUAUUAUAUUAAACUCAAAUGUUCUAGCUUCUUGUCGAUUGUACAAUCUUUUAAUUAUACCGAUUUACCAAAUACUGACGCUUCUGAUUAUAUUAAAGAAAUUUUGAUGAACAUAGUUUUCAUUCAGUCCGAACUUUGCAUAUUGGCUCCUCAUAUUAUGCAGCAGGUGCUGUGUUGUGUAGUUCAAUAUGCUUUUGAGCAGUUGAUGAGUCAGUUAUCAAAACUCACCUCUUUGCCGCGUAGAGAAACCACGCAAAUUGUUGUUGAUGUAUCAGCCUUUGAAGAAAGUCUUCAGAAUUUUUUCUCUCUUGAAUCAAAUUUAAUAAAAGAAUCGAAUCUUCAGAUAAUCUUUAUCUAA